AUGGCCGAGUAUUGCUCUACGGCUUUGACUGUUACGGAGGCUGGCACGAGUCUGUCUGACAAUACCACCUCCGUGAGCAACGCUGUUAACCUUCGCUGUCUGGCUCGCGCAGACGAGCCGCUCUUGACCCGACUCGAGCGCUUCCAACUGCUCUCGACGCUCGCAUCUCGCGUCGCAGGCACAAUUGGCAGGACCGAACAUUCUCCACCUAGCAAUCUCGAGAGCCUCCUCGGAUUCGACGUGCUCAGCUUUGCCGACGCGUUUUCAAGCUCACAUGCCAAUCUCUUUGGCGGGAGUUGGGUGCGGUGCCUCGAUGGCCUCAAGAUUUGUGCCAUCGCUGCAGACCUGGAUGCAGAGGACUGGCGGCGCUUCGCAGAUGAAGGAUGCAAAUGGUCGCCUCGAGGCAAAGGGCGCUUGAUCGCCCUAGAGGAAGACGAUGUUCUGUUCAUUCCGCCUGGCCUGCGGGCCAUACAUGCCAGCUUCACGCCAGAGCCCUGCUUGAUGGAAGGCGGUAUGCUGUGGGACGAAUGCGCCAUCCCUGAGAUCUUAGACGAGCUGCUCUGGAUUGCACGACAUCAGGCAGGCACUAACCAGCCUCUCGCAUUUCAGCUGUCAAGUCUCAUCGAUGCGUUGGAGCAGUGGUUGAAUGAGAAUAACCACAUUAACCAGUCGUCGCCAUCACACACUGCAGCUGAAGAGCGCCAGGCGCUCAAGGCUAGCAUUCAGUCGCUUCGCGCCUGUUUGAGCGGCAGAUCAGCGGCUUUCCCAUCUUGA